AUGGCUGUGUCCGCUUCGACCGCGGUGCCUGAAAGUCCGGUUCCGGAGGGGGGGAGCGGCCGUUUUCUUUUUUCGGCGUCGCGAGCCUUCGCGCCUGGCGCGAGACGUCAUCUUGCAGGAACCCUCGAGGCCCCAGCGCGAAGGGUUUUCAGCGCCUCCGCCGCACAUAGGAGAGGGGACUGGCGGUCAGACGAGCGGACGCAGAGCCAGUUAACAUUUUCGCCGUCGUUCCCGCGGCGCUUGGUUUCAGCGAACCCUCCGUCCUCCAGUCCUCCCUACUCGUGGGGCUCUCUGUCACUUCGUCGAGGUCCUGCACUCGACUCCUUGCAGCAAAAAACCGGCAGCCAGGACUCCGCGGCUGCGGAUGAUUCAGGAUGGGAGGAGGACACAGGCGCCGCUUCAGCCUCUGCCGUUCAGAGGCCCUUCCCUGAAGCGCGCGAGGGGAAGGGGAGUCCACCAAACGCUGCCUCGAGCAGCACCCGCCUCCUGGAGCCGCUAGAGUCUACUGCCUCGCCUCAACCUCUUUCCUCCGCGGCUGCCGCUUCCCGCCCCGUCCUUCGCUUUUCUGCGAACGUCCUCAGCCCCGCCGUCUCGCAACGACACUUGGGAGAGAUAGCCGCCGACUCACCUCGCUUGCCCGCGCGAGGGAACGGCGAGGCCGCCGAGGGGUGCCUGCUCCCUCGCUCGCUGUCGGCGAAUCUGGAAGAGGCCCGCGGCGGGCGACGCAGCGCAGAGGGGUGCUGGAGUUUCGGCUCGCGUUCCACUCCCUCAUCGGAGAGGCGAGCCAAAAGCGUCUCGAUGGAAAACUUGACAAAAUGGGCGCCGCGAGCGGCCGCCUUCAACGUCUGCGCCCCCGAUAUCUCUGCGAGCGAGGCCGGCGCCCGGACCCUCGCAAACCUCCUGGAUUCGGCGUCCAGCUCUCCGGAGUCCGAGACGCGGCAGCCGCGCCUCUACGCGUCGCCGUCGCCUCGUGAAACGCAUUGGUACGGAUGGGAGGAAACGGCGCGCCGGGAACGCAGCGAUGUCAUCUCCUCUCACGCGGCCGAGGGCCCGCGAAAAGGCCUACGGAAUGACUUCGUCUCAGCGGCGACGCACGCCUCCGGUUUGAGCGUGGCAAACGGCCGCCACCCACUCACGGGGGGGGAGCAAGAGGGAGAAUACGCAGAGCUGAAUGGGGCUGAAGGACAAUGCGGCAACAGACGCGAUGAGGAUGCAGAGACGAAGUGCAGGGGCUGUGCUGAGGGCGAGGCGGCGCCGGCGGAUACUUGCGAGUUGGCGGACGAGGCAGCAUCUCGAAUGCAGCCGGAAUCGAGCGAGGGAACUCGCUCGAGUGCAGAGCGAGCCAACGCAACACAGUGCAGAACUCGAAUGCACAGCCACCAGCGGAGCCACGCAGAGGACGAAGAGAGUGGCAAAGAUCCGGCUGCGCCAGUGGGCGAGGGCGAAGAGUCGAGGAGGCUGCGCGCGGCAGGCGCGGACCCUGGCGCGUCCUUUCGUGGAGGGCCUGCGUGCGACCCGACUUACCGCCGCGACUACCACGUCCCGCCCCCUUCAGCCGCCUCCGCAGGCCAGCGCUCUCCACACUUUUUCUUCCUGGCGCAGGUCUCUUCGCAGACGAUUUUGCAGACGAAGGCGGCUCUUUCCCGCGUGAAAGGGCUGCCUGGUCGUUCGCGUGCAGAGCUGCUCGACGCCGCAUACCUCCGCGGCCUCGCAGGCGCCGCAGAGGAGGCCCCCUGCCCCGAGGGCAGCCGCGCUGGCCAGGCUCCUCCGCUCGCUCUGACAGACAUUUCGGCUGUCAUCGCCAAUUCGCUGGCCGCGUGUGCGUUCGCCGAAGAGAACUCGCGGGCGUCCGCGGCGCUGCUGGAACGCGCGGGCCCGCUGAUCGACCGCUCCCCCUGCGCGGCUCUUCCAGCUCUCCCUGGCGCUGAUGAGGACGCGGCGGUCUCCACUGGGUCGCCCGGCGGCGGUGCGAAGCUUCGGCUGCAGACCGAGACGUGUGCCUCGCCGCGGAAAGAAGGGCGCGCCGCCGAGGCGACAGAGGAGAGGCGUGACGCCAAGGCACCUGCGGAGGCCGCGGGCCUGCGGGCGUGGCAGCAGCGGGACGACUAUGGCGUUAGCCGAGAGGGCAACGAGCGGGACGCGCACGAAGGAGAGGCAGCAGAGAGAGGAGAGAGAAAUGGAGCGCUCGAGGAGGGGGCGGCGCUAGGCGUGGAAGUGCCGCUGGCCGGGGCCACGGUGGAAGAUGUGGGAGAAGUGGCAGGGGCGACGGAGUGGAUUUCUCCGUAUGAAGACACAAAGACAACCGCCGUGUCUGCGCGCGUCGCCUGGCGUGUAACGACGCCAGCGCGAAAAGGGGGGAGAUCAGACGAGGAUGCGUCGUGUGAAGAUGCUGUCACGCCCACGAUGUUCUCUUCGAUGGGGACUGCGCCACGCACAUACCCUAGUCUUUGCUUACGCAGCCUUCGGCACAGAGCGUGGACGCCCAGGUGUACGUACACCUGCGCCCUCCCGUCCGCCUUCCUCCAUGGCUCGCGAAUGAGCGCGUCUUUUUGGCUUUCCGCCGCCCUUGCGGAAUCGGCGGACGAGUUGCGCGGGGGGAGAUCUGCUGAAGAGAAGGAACAGGAGUCGUUCGCGAGGCAAUGGCUGGCGCCGGGUUUGAGGGAUUUUGCGGGCGUUCUCCGCGAAGAACUGCAAUCGAGCGAUGACGAAGAGACAGACGGCGAGGACCAACCGUAUGCAGUCUGGGGCGAGGAGGUGGAGCGGGAAAACGGAAUGGGUUACCUUUCUUCUGCACGGAGUCGUGCUGGAAACAGUCGAGAAGAGACAGGGCGGACACGAAUUCGCCCCGCGAGAAAAACCAAACGCAGGCAGCAGCGGGUGUACAUACAGUCUCUAGGUGAGGGGCUUGAUGCGCUGGAAGAUCUCGUCCACCAUAGUAAGCUUCUGGCCUUUAAAUUCCUUCACUCGGCGCUUGUGGCGCAGCCGCUCGCUUCUCUUCCGUCUCCUGAGCAGCCUCGCCCCGUCUGUAACCGGCAGAGCCGCCAAUGCCGCGCUGCGCCUCUCUCUAUGUCUUCGUUUCCUCUGCGUGAGGAUUCGUGCGAGCGUCCGCCGGGUUUCCUCCCGUUCUCCCCUUGUAGUGCGGGCACUCCGAAGGACGCCCAGCCACACGCCGCAGAGUCGAACGGAUUUGCCCACGCGGGGACUGCUGGGUCGUGUAGGGUGGAGACUGGGUGGAAUCCGAGCAUGCAGCGAACUGAGGCUUCAGACAGUCCGGCCUUGCCGACCCUCCUCUCUGGAGCGUGGAUCACGGCGGGGAGGGCUGCGGACGCCUCCACAGGCGAUGCUCGAGGCGCGCGACGCAAAAUCCAAGACGAGAAGGGAUCUUGCAGCAAGAAGAGCGAGUCUGACAGUGCGGCGGCGGCGGCAGCAAGACGCUUGGCGGGCGAUGAGGAUGGCGUGCCUCGCGGUCAGCGAAGGGCGACGUGGCCAUUUGGGUUGACGCUGGUCGCCGCGUCGCCCAGCGAGAAGGAAACUGACGAGGUGGAGGCUGCUGAGAAGCGGGCGGGAGCAAGCGUUGGGUUCGCCGUGCAGUCCAUGGCGGACUUCUACCUCUCGGUUGCUUAUCUUCUAGGCCAAGUGCUUAAGCGCGAACAGGGAGAGAAGGAGUUUUACAAAACCGAGGUUGCACUGGUUCGCGAACGGUUCCAAGAUCUCGAAGCGCGCGCAAAGGAGGCAAUGGCCGAGGCGGCGAAACGCGUGGAAGAAGAAGAAAGUCAAAGCAAGCAGCUGACUGAGCAGCUCGCCAUGAAGAGGGCCGAACUGCGGCAAGCCCUGGAGAAGCAAGAGGCGCUUCGGCGGACGCUCCACGAGACGCAGAGGGAGCAGCGCCUUCAGCACGAGGGAGAAGUUGAUGCGCUGAACAAGCAGUAUGCCUCGCUCCUUCGAGACUACCAGAGGCGCGGGUCUCAGUUGGAACGGCUCCAAGCGCAGCUGCGAGGUGCGCCGCUUCAAAGUCGCCAGUUGGAGAGAGAGCCGUCACUGUCGCAGUGGAACCGGAGCGAGCAUGCAUCAAAGGAUUCUGCGUUGAACAAAAGCGACACUGCAUCGGGCCGUCUGUCUGCAGGGGUCGGGGAGCUUCUGGGAAGCUGCGAUGCGCGCUUGGUCUCCUCUCUGUCGACACCCGUCUUCUCCGACUUCAAGUUGCGCAGGCGGCGAAGGUCGCUCUGCGCCGACGAGGAGGUCUUUUCCACGAGGGGUUUGGUCGGAGGCUGGAGCCGCGACCGCGCCGGCGACGGGAUGGGCCUCCGUGAGUCGCGGCAUUCGAAGGGAGUCGACUUCGCGCAUUGGGCGCUUUCCAGGAGCGAUAGCGGCGCGAGCGGCUACACGCUGAAGAGCAAAGGCCUCUUUAUGACGAGCCGAAGAAGCCUGAUCCUUGCGGCGGCCUCUCGAGGCGCCCGGCCCCUGUCUCCUCGGGGACCGUCUCCGUCGCGGGAGGCGCUUGAUAGACUAGUGAAGGAGAACUGCGACGAAGACCCCAGCAGCGGCGAGAGAGGACGCGCAGGUACGUCGGCGAGCGCGGCGUCGGUUGGUGGGAUUUGCGGAACGACGCGCGGCUGCCUGUUGAGGGAGGACGGCGACGCGCAGACCAGAGAGCGAGCGGGACUGUUGGCCCGAUUAACCGACCGCAGCAGAGGCGCGACGGACAUACAGAAGCAGCAGUCGCUCCAGGAGGAACUUCUGGGGGCGUUGCCUCUAGAUCAGCAACAGGGCGCUGCGAUGCUGCUCGUAAAGUCGCAUGUCCCCGCGGGGGCGCCGGGGGAUGGCAGAGAGGAUGGACGCGACGACUUCCAUGACCCCCUCCUCCUCAUGGUGCCACCCAAAGCGUGUCCCGCGUGCCUAAUUCUCCCAGCGGCCUCCACAGGCGAACCAAAGAUCGAGGGCUCAUCCGGGCUGGAAGAGGCAGAAAUUGGAGAGACGGCCGCGGGUACCAUGGCUUACCAGUGCCAGGAGCAGGGCGUACAACUGGUGCCCGCUGAGCAAAGGAGCCGCAGAUCUUUUCCGCGAGUUCGCGCGGCAUUCCUGUUGCUUCUCUUCUUGAUUAUUGACCACGCGUUCCUUGGAGGGUGGAUGUCGGGUGCGCUGCUGCGCUUCGGGGAGUGGAGCGUCCUUUUAGCUUUCUCAGGGACGCAGGAAUUGCAGCAGGUCGCCCGCCAGCAGGACUUGGGCGAGCGCUACGCUGUACCGCUCCUGCGGGUCGUUGAGGCCUUCCUGCUGUUUUUGCUCGCUCUGCUGCGCGCGUGUGUGGCCCCUGGCGAGGAGGCGCUGCUGUUGCCGUAUACCGAGAUGCUUGCAGACCAGUUCUCUGCUGUUCCAGAGGGCACGCGGAAUCCAUCUUACGAAGCGCGCGUGCCGCAGUCGAUCUUUGGUAUCUUUUCCGCUCCGGCCGAGACAUCACCAGUCGGAUACCCGCUCGGACGGCAUUGA